AUGUAUGGGCGAUACACUCAGGAGCUGGGUGUUUUCGCGAGAGAAGAGGCCGCCCGGAUUCGAGAGGAUGGUCGUCACCGACGCUUCAUUUCUGAACGGAGCCCGUCGAUCAAACUACUGGAAUACGAGAAGGGACGAUGUGUCAGGUGUCGAAUCUGUGCAGUGCACUGUCAGCGGUUCCUCAUGUCGCGGGUCGGCGAGGACUGGAUCUUCCUCAUCUUGCUGGGACUCGUCAUGGCUCUGGUCAGCUUUGUUAUGGAUUUCUGCAUCGCCCUUCUUCUACAAGCACAGAAGUGGAUGUACGGGGGUUUGGACAGUAACGUAAUCCUGCAGUAUUUAGCUUGGGUCACUUAUCCUGUGGUUCUCAUCAGUUUCUCUGCAGGCUUCACACACAUAGUAGCACCGCAGGCCGCCGGGUCUGGUAUUCCUGAAAUGAAGACGAUUCUCAGAGGAGUGGUGCUGAAGGAGUAUCUCACGUUAAAAACAUUUGUGGCCAAAGUAGUUGGACUGACCUGUGCACUGGGAAGUGGGCUACCUCUGGGCAAGGAGGGUCCGUUUGUGCACAUUGCCAGUUUAUGUGCUGCUCUUCUCUGCAAAUUCAUGUCAUUCUUUGGUGGAAUUUAUGAGAAUGAGUCCCGAAACAUCGAGAUGCUUGCGGCUGCAUGUGCUGUCGGGGUCGGAUGCUGCUUUGCUGCUCCUAUUGGAGGUGUGUUAUUUAGCAUCGAGGUCACCUCUACAUUUUUCGCUGUACGAAAUUACUGGCGUGGAUUCUUUGCUGCUACAUUUAGUGCCUUUAUCUUCAGAGUUCUGGCCGUGUGGAACAGAGAUGAAGAGACGAUCACAGCUCUCUUUAAAACGCGCUUCAGACUGGACUUCCCCUUUGACCUCCAAGAGCUUCCAGCGUUUGCUGUGAUCGGAAUCGCCAGCGGGUUUGGUGGAGCCUUGUUUGUGUAUUUAAACAGGCUUAUUGUGCAGUUUAUGCGAAAACAGAAAACUAUUAACAAGUUCCUCAUGAAGAAGCGUCUGUUGUAUCCUGCUCUGGUGACUUUACUGAUUUCAACGCUCUCUUUCCCUCCGGGGCUUGGACAGUUCAUGGCUGGACAGCUUACUCAGAAGGAGACCUUGGUUUCAUUUUUUGAUAAUCGCACUUGGACGAAGCAAGGAAUGACGGAAGACUUCAAUUAUGACAUUCACUCGACCGCUUGGAAACAUCCUCAGGCUAACGUCUUCGUGAUCCUCGUCAUCUUCAUCGUUAUGAAGUUCUGGAUGUCUGCUUUAGCCACAACUCUUCCUGUACCAUGUGGAGCCUUUAUGCCUGUUUUCGUCAUUGGUGCUGCGUUUGGCCGUUUGGUGGGUGAAAGUAUGGCGGCAUGGUUUCCAGAGGGCAUUAAUACGGACGGAACCAUCUAUCCCAUAGUUCCUGGAGGAUACGCUGUUGUGGGAGCGGCCGCGUUAUCCGGAGCGGUCACACACACGGUUUCCACAGCCGUGAUCGUGUUUGAGUUGACGGGUCAGAUCAGUCACAUUCUUCCCAUCAUGAUUGCUGUGAUUCUCGCCAACGCCGUCGCUCAGAGCCUUCAGCCGUCCAUCUACGACUCUAUAAUCCGCAUUAAGAAACUGCCUUACCUGCCCGAGCUCGGCUGGGGCCACCAUGAGAAGUAUAAUAUUCGUGUGGAGGACAUCAUGGUCAGAAAUGUUCGUUACAUCACUCUGAACUCUACAUACAGAGACCUUCAUGAGAUCCUCUUGAUAGCAAACCUCAAAACUGUGGCGCUGGUGGAGUCUGCAGAGUCGAUGAUCCUGCUGGGCUCUAUCGAGCGCGUUCAGUUGCAGGCGCUCCUCUCGCAGCAUCUGAGUCGCGAGCGGCGGCUGGAGUUCAUACGGGACGCGGAGAGGAAGCGUGUGUCUGUCGUCAGCACUCCCAGCAGCGAAGAGGGGGGUCAAAAGGUCAACCAUGAGGUUCGCUUUCAGAUCUCCACAGAAGAGUCGUCGUUGUUUACACCGGUCCAUCCCAUCUCACCUAAACCUCUCAAACCUGCGCUGAAGAGGACGACUACCGCCGAGAAAAACAUCGAGAUCCCUACAAGUCCUCAUGAUUCUGGCAUUGGCUUGAGGAAUCUGUUAUGUGCUCGACCUCAGACGGAUGCAAUGGAGGAGGAUCCAGACGCAGAGGAUGACAUGACUCUUGGCGAGGUCGAGGAGUGGGAGGAGCAACAGCUUGACGAGCAGGUGAACUUCAACAACUGCAAGAUUGACCCCGCCCCCUUCCAGCUGGUGGAGCGCACUUCACUGCACAAGACUCACACCAUCUUCUCUCUGCUGGGUUUGGAUCACGCUUAUGUCACCAGCAUCGGGAGACUUAUAGGAGUAGUUUCACUGAGAGAGCUGCGUAAAGCCAUCGAGGGCUCGAUGACGGUGAAGGGUGUGAAGGUUCGUCCGCCGCUGGCCAGUUUCAGAGACAGUGGCACCAGUGGCACAAGCAGCGAAAGCGAAGCCACUGAACUCCACAAACUGUGGGACCGUCACAGCAGCCGAAGUAUUCCCCGAGAACAGCAGCCCAACACCUCCGACUCGGACGACAAGUCACAGUGACCCCUGACCCCGUGCACAGACUGCUUCGCGCAUCCAAAAAUCCUCCAGCUCGCUUUCAGGUCUUCCCACACUAACUCACUUUCCCUUUCGGAGAAUCAGGGACUGUAUGGACUUUGUCCGUUUUUCUGAAUAAGUGCGUUUUUUGUGCGUUUAUAUGUGUGUUUGUUGCUGAAAGAAACGGAUCAUUUUAUUUCGUACGUUGCGUACCGUUCCCUUUUUCACUUUUUAAGAAAUGUGAUGACCAAGAUUUGUUUGAACGCUUCAUCUGUUGUCUUUCGUGCUUAUAUAUUGGGGAGUUUAUAGCUCAGUAUUUUUUUCUUCUGUUUAUAUGCCGCAAUUAUGA